AUGACUUCUCAAUACUAUCAGCACCCUCCACAACCACCUCCCCCAGGACAAGCUCAAGCACAGGCUGGACUUGGAGAUCAAUCUCAACAGUCAGCUCAAGAUCGAGUCAUCCCUCAUGUCUACGCAAGUCCCUCAUUGAACGUGUUGACUUCGCCUCAGCGUCGAUACUACGAAGCACUUCAACGAGCAUACAGCCCACCAAGCGGACCAACUACAGGGAAUGUACAGGGUAUGGUUCCUGUCAAUAGUCUCUCACCUCUAGUAUCACCCAGCAGGCCUGCAACCAAUGCUCCCACCAACGGCACCAAUUCGGUUGGUACAAGCUCAAUAAGCAACUUCUCCCCUCAACAUCACCAGCAGUACUCUUCGUUUCACCAAGCCUCACUUCCGGUCCAGCAACCCUCACCAAGUGCGUCGAGUUCUCAAGUAUCGCUCAGCAGCUAUGAGACUGGCCCCAGUUCGACGAGCAGUGUCUCGCCGCAGCAUCAGGGACAGUACAAUCCAGAAGCACAAGUACAAGUGCAGCAAGUCAGGAAGCCGUAUACAUCGCCUUAUAAAUCUGGGGCUGGAGUGGCGUCUUCUCAGCUUUCUGUUGAUAGCAAUGGGUUUGGCAGUGGCUCCAUGAGUAGCGUCUCGCCUCAGCAUCAUGGAAGGAAUUAUCAGCAGGGAAUCCAAGGACAGCAAGUUUCGCCAGCUGCGUCAGGUCAGAUGUUUGCGGUCGGUGGUAGUGGGUUGAUGGGCACCACCUCGCCGCAAAAUCAAGGGCAGUAUUAUCAGCAGGUUCAGCAAGUAUUACCAGCUGCUGUCAAUGGAAAUACAAAUGGCUAUGGCACUGGUCCGGCGUUGAGCAGCAUCUCACCUCAACAUAGGCAGCAGCUUUAUCAUCAAGUCCAACAAGCAUCACCAACUGCGUCCGGCCAGACGCUCGCAGUCAAUGGAUAUAGUAGUGGGAUGGGCACAAGGUCGAUAGGCAGCAUAUCGCCGUCACGUACACAACAGUACUUGCAGCAAGCUCGACAAGCUCUCGGUCCUCCACCAGCUUUUGCAUUGUCUCGUACCAAUACUUCCAGUCCCCUGAAUGCUUUUUCGCCUCUAAACCCAGAGCAAGGUCAAUACAAAAGUCUGCACCAGCAGCCUCAAGCACAGGGUACAGGGUCGGUAUUAGUUGGACAGGGAUCUUUACGUGCAGGCGAUGAUCGUGAUGUGUUUACCGACGUGAGAGCUGAAGUAGAUGAGCAGGCCCAGCAGCUGUGGUAUUGGAUUGAGGUUGUCAAGCUCUGGACCUUCCACGAAGCCCACAUCUCCACCUCCUCAGCCUCCCACCUCGCAACCCUCUACAUCUCCAAACUCCCACCCAACCUCCCCAUCCACCACUCCGACCCGACCGCAACCGCGACCACCGCACACACCUCCAUCGUCUCAACCCUCCUCUCCGAAUCCCUCUCCCUCCUCCGCCACCUCACCCUCACCGUCCUCUUCCCCCUCGUCCACAAAUGGACGUCUAGCCCGCAGUACCACAUCCACAUGUCGCAGUCUCAGUCUCUAGCCAAGUCCCUCACUUACUCGCACACGCACACGCAAACCCGCUCCCGCUCCCGCUCCCGCACAGCUCAGCUUCAGUCUCAGCCUCUACCCUCCUAUCCAACCGACACGCGCUCCCACCGCCUCGCAUUCUGGCGCGACAAAGCCCUCGAGCGCACCGCCUUCGCUUCCGACUUCCCCGACGGGAGCACCGACCUCAGCACGCCCCUGGAGAAGUUCACGGAAGUGCUGGAGACGAUCCUGGAUCGGAGAUGGGUGUAUGGUGGAGAUGGAAAUGGAGGUGCGGGGGAUGGAGGGGAUGGUGGGAAGAUGAGUCGGGCGAUGAUGCGGGCGAAGAUGAAGGGGUAUUUUAUGUGGAAGUUUGUGCUGAGUGCGGAUGUGGUGUUUUUGGAGUUGGUGAGGAGGUUGGUGAGUGCAGGUGGGGGGGAGGCGUAUUGUGCGGAGAGGUGGAGGGAGGUGUAUUUUCCGGCUAUGAUUCCGCAGCUGGCGGCUAUCAACCAGGAUCCUCUCAUCAUUCCCUAUCUCGUUCGACCUGAUGAUUGGCCCUGCACUAUGAGUAUUGACGAGCAUGUUUUGAAUCGAUGCGUAGCUGUGAUUGCAGCUGGACCACGGUACCCUUAA